AUGGAGCUGAAAGUUUGGGUGGACGGAGUGCAGCGCAUCGUGUGCGGCGUCACAGAGUUCACCACAUGCCAGGAAGUGGUCAUUGCUUUGGCACAAGCCAUUGGACGCACUGGCAGGUACACGUUGAUCGAGAAAUGGCGUGAGACAGAACGUCACCUGGCACCGCAUGAGAACCCUGUGGUGUCUCUCAACAAGUGGGGUCAGUAUGCCAGCGACGUCCAGCUCAUCCUCCAGCGAACCGGCCCGUCUGUUAGCGAGCGGCCCACCUCUGACGGGCAGGCUCGCGUCCCAGAGCGAGGCUUCUACCGGCAGAGCCUGCCACCUCUAGCCAAGCUCCACCCGUCAGGGUCAGACCGCUCGCUCAGACGACGGGAACCCAAACGCAAGUCUCUGACCUUCACUGGGGGGGCCAAGGGUCUGCGGGACAUUUUUGGAAAAAGCCGAGAUGCUGAAGCCAAACCGCCCCAGCAGCGGGGUGUGAGUCUGAACCUGUGCAGGGUUGGCGGUAUUGGAGUAGCAUCAGUACCUGGGAGUCCAGCCAGAGAGCUGAGCCGGCUGGUGCAGCUGCAGAGAGACAAACUCCAGGCCCUGGAGAGCCGUCUGCUGGGCUGCGAGGCCGAGCUGCAAGACUGGGAGGAGGCCGCCGGCGAGGGAGGAAACGUGGAGGAGGAGCUGCUGCUUUUAGAGCAGCAGGUGAGGAGGAACAAUGCAGAGAUGGUGGAGGAGGAAUUCUGGCAGAACGAGCUGCAGAUUGAGCACGAGAGCGAGCGGCAGCUCCGGCAACAGCUAGUCGAGCUGCAGGGCCGCGUAUGCGAUUGUGAGGCCAAGCUCUCAGAGUACUCGGCACACAUACAGAGCAUGGAGGGAGGCCUGGAGCAGGAGCAGCUGCAACAGGAGGCUGUGCUCAACCAGAUGAUCAAUGAGGAGGAGGUGCAAGGCCAGCUGGAGGAAGUGAGGGCAGAGCUUGAAACGCAGAGCCAACACACGGCUCGGCUGGAGAGCAGCUGCAGGGCGUUGGAGCGCUCACUUGGCCAGUCGAGCAAGAGAUUGCAGGAGAAGGAGCAGGAGCUGGAGCAGCUGACCAAAGAGCUACGACAAGUCAACCUGCAGCAGUUCAUUCAGCAGACUGGUACCAAGGUCACCGUGCUGCCUGCUCAACCUGCAGGAGAGAACGACAAUGAAGUGGACUCUGGUUCUCUGAAACGACUUUGCUCCUCUCGGCCUUUACCCAACGACCUACGUACCCUUCAAAGCGUUGUGAACUCCAGCCUCAACCCUGAAGGCAUCUACGUCUGA